AUGGCAAUCCUUAACUCACUCUCAACCCUCUACUCUCCAAAACUCACUCCCUCCUCUUCCCCACUCUCUUCAAUUCCAUUUCCUCUUUCCAUCUCCCAUUCCAAAUCUCUCUCUUUCAAUCUCAACUUCAAAACCGUCGCCGUAUCGGCCACUCCUUCUUGCUUUUCCGACGUCGUUGGUGAGGACUUGCCUGCCGAUUACGGCGAGUGGUUUCCAAAACGUGAUCCAGCUGAUCGCAGGAGAGCUGGCAUUUUGCUCCACCCGACGUCCUUUCGAGGACCGUACGGUAUUGGAGAUCUUGGUGACGAGGCGUUUCGGUUUAUCGACUGGCUUCAUGACGCCGGUUGCUCUGUUUGGCAGGUUUUACCUCUUGUUCCGCCGGGAAGGAAGGCUAAUGAAGAAGGAUCACCUUACUCCGGCCAGGAUGCGAAUUGUGGUAAUACUCUUUUGAUUUCACUUGAAGAGCUUGUGAAAGAUGGAUUAUUGACAAAAGAUGAGCUUCCAAGACCAAUAGAUGCUGAUCGUGUGGACUUCUCUGUUGUUGCUGACUUGAAGGAUCCGUUGAUAGCUAAGGCUGCAGAGAGGCUUAUUUUAAGUGACAGUGAACUUACAAGUCAGCUGGAAGAUUUUCGGAGAAAGCCAGACAUAUCAAGUAAGAUAUUAUCUCGGAGCAUCAUUCAUUUGCAAUGGCAGAGAGUUCGCAAUUAUGCACAGGAGAAGGGAAUUAGUAUAAUGGGUGACAUGCCCAUAUAUGUAGGGUAUCACAGCGCUGAUAAUAGGAAUGGUUUUCCUCUUCUAGUUAGUGGUGUUCCCCCCGAUGCCUUCAGUGAAACUGGUCAGUUAUGGGACAGUCCUCUAUAUGAUUGGAAAGCCAUGGAGAAGGAUGGGUAUUCAUGGUGGAUACGCCGCAUAUGGCGGGCUCAAGAUCUGUAUGAUGAAUUUAGAAUAGAUCAUUUUAGAGGUUUUGCGGGCUUUUGGGCCGUUCCUUCAGAAGCGAAAGUUGCAAUGGUCGGAAACUGGAAGGUAGGACCUGGAAAAUCCCUGUUUGAUGCAAUCUCUAGAGCUGUUGGAAAGAUCAAUAUAAUAGCAGAAGAUCUGGGAGUUAUCACUGAAGAUGUAGUGCAACUUAGGAAAUCAAUUGGUGCUCCUGGAAUGGCUGUCGUUCAGUUUGGUUUUGGAAGUAAUGCAGACAACCCUCAUUUGCCUCAUAAUCACGAGCCCAAUCAAGUUGUGUACACUGGAACUCAUGAUAAUGACACGAUUCGAGGUUGGUGGGAUGUUUUGAAACAAGAAGAGAAAUCAAAUGUUAUAAAGUAUCUUUCGAUUAAUGAACAAGAUGAUAUCCCGUGGGAACUCAUUCAAGCUGUCCUUUCAUCAGUGGCCAAAACUGCAGUCAUACCUAUGCAAGAUAUUCUUGGAUUGGGGAAUUCAGCCAGGAUGAAUAUUCCUGCUACUCAGUUUGGAAACUGGAGUUGGAGGAUACCUAGUUCCAUGAGCUUUGAUGGCUUGGAGAAUGAAGCCAUGCGACUCAAGGAUUUGAUUUCAGUGUAUGGCCGGUUGUAG